GUCGUAUUGGUCCCAAGUGAGAUAUCCCCGAUCCGGCAAUUGGUUUUGGUUUGGUUUGGGUUGGUGGGAUAUAUGGUUUGGCACAAUUGGCAUAGCAGACACCAUGCUACCCGAGCUGUACUACACUCCCACCCACUUCCACGGCCUUGAUGCUGGCCACGCCACCAGAUACGGUGGUAUUGUCAGUACCUUCGGUGUUGCGGCUGGUAUCGGUGCUCUCUUCUUCUUCGGCGAGGUUCCCCGUGUACGCCGGGAUAUCCUCCAGCAGUUCCCCUUCUUCGACCAGUACUAUGACCGGAGACUUGCUCCUGAGGACAACCCGUUCUAAAUGCGUUUAAUCGGUCUUGUCCGCAGUCGAGUGUUGGCCGCGGACGGUAAGGGACGGCUUGUACUACUGUAGAAUAGUGAUGGAAUUCGAGAGUUCAUAGACAACACCCAAUCAGUUGU